AACAGCAAUGUUUUACAUAGGCAUUGACUCGGGUCCCUCUCAAACAGAACUGUGUUCCCACAGGUUUGUUUUUUUUUACUGUUCGGCUGGACGACCAAACAGGUUUUUUUUCAAACUUAGAGCUCGAAGAGCCUUCGGCUCAGCUCUUAGACAUCAACAAGUCCAAACCUCCCGCAGGACAACGAGGAUGACAACGGGCAGGGCAUGAACCCGGAACCAUUGAGUGAAAAUUAAUUAAUAAGGCGAAUGCACGGCAAAAAAAAAAUUCCGUUGUCACUAAUCUCAAUGUCAAGGUAAGAUAAAUGCAUCAAAAUGGCUGAAGAUUCAGAUGUUCCUCCAUUGGAGGAUAUGACAGAAGUUCUAAGGAAAGUUGAACACGUUCGUGAAGGUAUUUUAGAGAGUGUAGAUAAAAGACCAGAAACCAAACCUUCAACAGCAAAAGCACGAGCUAAAGUAAAAAAAAAUGUAGCCGCUCAUGUAAUAAAGCCUUGUGAUCAAGAUAAUUCUUUGAAAAAGUCUUCAGAGUCUACUGAUGAAAUCAAAACCCAAGUCUCUUCCUUAAAAUCAGAUGUAUCAACCUCUCCUAGUACGUCCACACAGCCAGUUAAAUCUACACAAAAUUCUUCAAAUGGAAUGUUUGGAGGCAUGAAAAAAGGAUUUCUUUUUGGCUCAAGUCCCAAAUCAUCAAAUACAUCAAAGCCUUCUGAGGUAACUGAGACAGCAGCGAAGGAGAAUGCUCAACCUCUUUCACCAUCAGAUGUGAAAAAGGAGUCAAAAAUUCAAAAGGAAGAUAAUAUCCCAUACAUCUGUCCAAAAACAGGCAAGACUGAAUCAGGUUUAACAUUAGAUGAAGUACAACAAGCCAUGUCAGAAACCAAAAGUCUUUUAAACAAUCAAGAUUGGAUCAAUGAUGAUCUUCUAAAUAAGUUAGAGAAAAAUGAGUUUCUGCUAAAAAGAUUCGCAGACCCACAUUUUAUGAAUGCCUUGCAAGAGUUCCAGACUAACCCUCAGGCAGCCAUGGAGAAAUAUAAAAGUAAUAAGGAAGUGGAGAAAUUCCUCAUGGAAUUUUGUGGAUUAUUAGGUGAUCAUUUUACAAAGAUUGGUGACAGUGUAUCUAAUCUUUCAAGUUCUGAGUCAAGUUAUAAGCCUCCUGCACCAGUCACAUCAACAAUCUCCUCAAAAGUGAAGCCUUCUUCUAAAAUUGUGGAGCUGCCUAGCAACAACACCAAAACUACAGAAGCUAAAAAAUCUCCUAAAAUUGUAGAAUUGACAUUACCUGAGAAAGACUCAGGCAAUAAUUUAGGCUCUCAAGCCACACCAAAAUCUGAUAUUUUGGAAUUAGAUCUUGGAUCAGUCCCUGGUGUUAAAAACGAGAUUCCAAAAAUUGAACCCAUUGACGAUAAACAAAUCAAAGAAUUGUUAAAUGAUUCAAAGGUUAUGGAAGUACUUCUAGAUCCUGAAGUCAUGAAUUUAGUGAAAACUUUAAAAAGUGAUCCUGACAAAGCACAUAGUAUAGUUGAAAAGGCAGAUGAAAGACUUCGUGACAAAAUUACUUUUCUUGUGAGCAAGAGACUGUUGGACUUUCAAGUUCAGUAAGACACUUGAGUAGGUUUGAAUUAAUCUCAAUGAGAUAAAGAGAGCUCUGUUUGUCAACUUGAACUAAGAACAAGCUGAUGCAAUACUUCUUGUGAUGUUUAGUUAACCAAACAACAAUUGUAUCAUUUUUAAAGCACUGAUAAACCAUAUACUGUCAUAGCUAUCAAAUAUUGAAAUUAAUUCAUUCCUGUUCUUUGAUUUGAAUGCUCUGCAGCCUUCAUCUCAUGUAGAAUCUCUUAAGAAUUUGGAAUGUUUAAAAAGUAUUUAAGACUAAGACUGCUUUAUUGAUCCUUAUGGAAAUUAGUUGUGAUUACAAGGACUCAUCUCAUAUAAAGACAAUGCAACAGAAACAUACACAUAGAACAGACACAACAUAGAGUUCAUUCAGCGACUACACACACCAUCUUUGUCCUUUUCAUGUUUCUUGAUCAACGAAAAGCGUUGAUAUAGUCUGACUGAGUAAGGUACAAACUAGUUUUUGUAUCGCUCUGUUAUUGUCUUGAUUGACAGUAGUCGCCCAUUUCACGACGACUUGACGUAGUUAUGGUGGAGCAGGUGGCUGUUGUCUUCCAAGAUUUUUCCAAUUUUUCUUAGACAUUUAUGUUCAAAAAGUGGUAAUGUUGUGCAUGUGAUUUUUUAUGCCCUUUUUAUGUUUUCUAGUCGGCGCAACAGUUUAGAUGAAGCGUUGCCUUGUCAACAAGUUAUUCCGUAUGUUAGCAGAUUUUGCAUAAUCGCGACGUAAAAAUUUUCUAGCAUCUUCUUAUUUCAUUCUUGUUAGAAACAGUGUCUAGAAUACAUUAAUGUUUAUUAUGGUUUAGUUUAGUUCUUGAGAAAAUCUGUAACUACUUUUUAUCUCAUUAGAAUCAGAAUUGAAUAAAAAUAACUAUUUCUCAUCUCUUUUAUAUAGUGACAUUUAAAGUUUUAUUACACUAUAAUGGCUUGUUAACCUUUUGAUUAUAGAGUAAUAUUUGUAGUCUGAUAUUUGAAGAUCUUUAAUAUAAUUAUUUAUAAAUUCCUAAAUCACUUGGACUUCCUUUUGCCAUAGUUUUAACAUUUUUUUAUUGUGCUUUCUUCUUUAUACCUGCUGGUCUAUGGUGGUCCAUUCUUAAAAAAUAUUUCACAUUCAUCAAUUUUACACUGUACCCAGUUUGUUUAAUUGUCUACAUUAAGGAAAUCAUUUCAUUGUUGUUGGUUUUUUUUUUUUAAUUAUUUUUUCAUUUCCAGUCCUCGCAACAGAUAUGACAUUAAGUUUCAAUAACCAGUUAUAGAAGGAAAAAAAAAAUUUUUUUGAUCUUUGUCAAAAGAUUGCAAGUAGAAAUAUAUUUAAAAAUAUAAAUUUGUAGAGACAUUUGCCAUUUCUGAAAAACGUGCUUUCAAAUUUUUUAAUUUUAAAGCGAGGUGUGCUUAUUGUACAUGCAUACAUAUAAUUUUUUUGUUUUCAAAAGGAAGUUUGUGUACAUCUAUAAAAGCCAUGGGUGGUAUCUAUAACAGUUUGUGUCUAAAUGUAAUGUGAGAGCAUGACUAACUCACAGGUGCUUCUUACAAGUUUGUCUGUUACACAAAUCUCUUUAUUCAUUUUUUUUUUUAAUUAAUAAGUGAAGUGAUUGAUAAGAAAUAUUUUUAAAAUAUAUAUAAUGUUAUCAAUAUUUGUUUAUCUGUUAUGAUAAUUUUUUUAAGAUGUCAUUCUUAGCUGUCAUGCAUUCAGGUGUCAGUAAGAAGACAGCUUUAGAUUUAAUCUGCACCACACUUCCUUUACAGUCAUUGUCAGACUCUCCAAACAUUGUACUUCAUUUACAAACUUCCACCUGCCAAAUGUUGACCUAUAUUGACAGAUUGACUAUCCUUCAAGUUUUAAUACAGUUUUUCUACAGAAAGUUUUCUUACACCCAAUCGUUGCAGCAGAAGCUUAAAAAGUCUAAACCCAAAGGAAGGCUAUUAAUAUAUGAUUAACAUAAAAUAUAAAGAGAUUUGAUGAAUUAAAACAAAGUAAACAAACAAUAUUAUAACAAUGCUUUAAAUGGCAGUGUUAAUGUCAUUACCACUCAUUUCAUUCAUUUAUAAUAUAUAUAUAUAUAUAUCAAUCCAGUUGCAUGCGUAGCUGAUCUAUGAUUUGCCUUUUUAUUAUAAUAAUGUUUAGUAUUUAUUUUCCAGCAAGAUUGUAAAUGUGUGCAUCUGAAUAAUGAAAAGUUUAAUUAAAAAUCAUGUUUAUUUGAAA